GCGGUAAGCGCAUGUUAGGGUUCCGUUCGGGUGUUUUGCACAAGAAAACAACAAUAUAUCUCCGAAUUUGCCUGCGAUAACCCCCGAGCGGCUCUUCAAAGGCCAACUGUGGAUGUAACUGUUGCACUUUGAACACAGAUAUGAACCACUGAGAAGGCAAAAGACGAAAAAGCCUGUAAUACACCUGAGGGAAGAGCCCAGUCUCAUCCCACUCCCCCUACCAACAGAAGGUUUGCAAUCAUGAGGUCCUUAUGGUUGCUUGUAUUUUUUGUCUCUGUGUUGACCGGGAGCAACAUUUGGGCAUUUCCAAUGACUCUUACGGAACACCCGGAAGUCACCGGGACAUUCAGGGUUAAAGACACGAGCCUCACGCACCUCACAGUGCACCGCAAGACCGGCGAGGUGUUCGUUGGCACGAUAAACCGAGUCUACAAGCUCUCCGCUAAUUUGACCGAACUGCGUUCACAUCAGACGGGUCCUGUGGACGACAAUGCCAAAUGCUACCCUCCCCCCAGUGUACGAGCCUGCGCACAGAAACUGGAAUCCAUGGACAACGUCAAUAAAUUGCUGCUGGUUGAUUACGUUGGCAACCGUCUGGUGGCAUGCGGAAGCAUCUGGCAGGGCGUGUGCCAGUUCCUGAGGCUGGAAGAUCUCUUCAAGCUCGGUGAACCACAUCACCGUAAGGAACACUACCUCUCGGGAGCCAGAGAGCCAGAUGGGAUGGCUGGAGUUGUGGUGGGCGAUGAUGACGGAGAUUUGAAGAAGAAAAAGAAAGGUGGUAGUCGCCUCUUUAUUGGUGCAGCCAUAGAUGGUAAAUCGGAGUAUUUUCCCACCCUGUCCAGCCGUAAAUUGGUGGCCGAUGAGGAGAGUGUGAAUAUGUUUAGCCUGGUCUACCAAGAUGAGUUUGUGUCCUCACAAAUCAAGAUACCUUCAGACACUUUGUCUCAAUAUCCAGCGUUUGACAUCUACUAUGUUUAUGGGUUCUCCAGCCGCACCUACAUCUAUUUCCUUACUUUGCAACUCGAUACCCAGCUUACCCAAGUGGAUGCAACUGGGGAGAAGUUCUUCACCUCAAAGAUCGUCCGCAUGUGCUCCAAUGACACAGAGUUCUACUCCUACGUGGAGUUCCCUCUUGGGUGCACCAAGGAUGGUGUAGAAUACCGGCUUGUUCAAGCCGCAUACAAGCACCGUCCGGGGAAGAUACUGGCUCAGGCUCUUGGUCUGUCUGAGGAUGAGGAUGUUCUGUUUGUGAUCUUCUCCCAAGGUCAGAAGAAUAGGGCUAAUCCACCCAGAGAAACGGUACUGUGUCUCUUCACAUUGCACCAAAUCAACCUGGCAAUGCAAGAGAGGAUCAAGUCAUGUUACCGCGGGGAGGGAAAGCUGUCGCUACCGUGGUUGCUCAACAAGGAGCUACCUUGUAUUAACACGCCCAAGCAGAUUGGCGACGAUUUCUGUGGCCUGGUUCUGAAUCAGCCUCUCGGGGGGCUCAGGGUCAUUGAAGGCACUCCUCUGUUUGAAGAUCGCACUGACGGUAUGGCAUCCGUGGCUGCGUACACAUAUGGCGAUCAUUCUGUGGUGUUUGUGGGAACACGCAGUGGCCACCUCAAAAAGAUUCGAGUGGAUGGCAUACUGCCGCCAUCAGAAAACGCAUUGCUGUACGAGACCGUGACUGUUUUGGAGGGAAGCCCGAUUCUACGUGACAUGGUGUUCAGUCCAGAUUAUCAAUACAUCUACCUGCUGAGUGAGAAACAGGUGAGUCGUCUGGUUGUGGAGAGCUGCUCUCAGUACAGCACCUGUAGCACAUGUCUGGGCUCUGGAGACCCUCACUGCGGCUGGUGUGUCCUGCAUAACAAGUGCUCCAGAAAGGAAGCGUGCGAGAAGUGGGCGGAGCCACUGCACUUCAGUACGGAGCUGAAACAGUGUGUUGACAUCACCGUCAAUCCUGAUAACAUGUCCGUGACCUCUGCCUCGACACAGUUAAGUGUGAAGGUAGCUAACGUCCCAAACCUCUCUGCGGGAGUAACGUGUGUGUUUGAAGAGCUAACAGAGAGUCCAGGUGAAGUGUUGGCCAAAGGACAAAUCCUCUGUAUGUCCCCAUCUCUACGUGACAUUCCAUCUGUCACCCAGGGUUACGGCGAUAAACGGGUUGUGAAGCUCUCUCUGAAGUCCAAAGAGACGGGCCUCAAAUUCAUCACCACUGAUUUCAUCUUCUACAACUGCAGCGUCUUGCAAUCGUGUUCGUCUUGUGUGAGCAGUCCUUUUCCAUGCAACUGGUGUAAAUAUCGGCACAUCUGCACCAAUAACGUGGCUGAGUGUUCUUUCCAAGAGGGCCGAGUGAACAGCGCAGAGGGCUGCCCACAAAUUCUACCCAGCACCGACAUCCUGGUACCGGCAGGAAUUGUUCGACCAAUCACGUUGCGAGCUCGCAACUUGCCCCAGCCUCAGUCGGGUCAAAAGAACUAUGAGUGCGUCUUCAACAUCCAGGGCAAAAUCCAGCGCAUUCCUGCUGUCCGAUUCAACAGCUCGUGUAUUCAGUGCCAGAACACUUCGUACUGGUAUGAAGGGAAUGAGAUGGGAAACCUGCCCGUAGAUUUUUCCAUUGUGUGGGACGGUGACUUUCCCAUCGACAAACCAUCCUCCAUGCGAGCUCUCUUGUACAAGUGUGAAGCUCAGAGGGACAGCUGUGGACUGUGUCUGAAGGCAGACAGCAUGUUUGAAUGUGGCUGGUGUCUUGCUGAUAAGAAAUGUCUCCUGAAGCAGCACUGUCCAUCACCCGAACACAACUGGAUGCAUCAGGGACGACGCAACGUACGCUGCAGUCAUCCGCGUAUCACCAAGAUCCGGCCGCUGACGGGGCCGAAAGAAGGCGGCACACGCGUGACUAUUGAGGGAGAGAAUCUGGGGCUGCAAGUUCGAGAGAUUACAUACGUGCGAGUGGCGGGGGUGCGUUGUUACCCUGCAGCUUCUGAAUAUAUCAGCGCUGAGAGGAUUGUGUGUGAUAUGGAGGAGUCUCAGAUAUCAAACCCCCCUGGUGGUCCGGUGGAGUUGUGUAUCGGUGACUGCAGCGCAGAGUAUCGCACCCAAUCGUCUCAAACAUACUCUUUUGUGACUCCGAGUUUUAGCCGGGUGCGGCCAGAGAAAGGACCCAUGUCUGGAGGGACGAGACUGACUAUCUCAGGCCGACAUCUGGACGCCGGCAGCGCUGUGACUGUGUUUUUGGCCCAGGAAGAGUGUCUGUUUGUCAGGAGAACGGUGCGUGAGAUAGUGUGCGUGACCCCACCAUCAGCGUCGGGCUCUGGGGCUUCAUCGGUCAAGCUGUUCAUUGACAAGGCAGAGGUCACCAGCGAUACACAUUACAUUUACACCGAGGAUCCAACCAUUUCCAACAUGGAGCCAAAUUGGAGUAUUAUAAAUGGCAGCACCACCCUUACUGUCACAGGAACCAAUCUGCUCACCAUUCAGGAACCCAAAGUCAGAGCCAAAUUUGGAGGAGUGGAGACCACAAACGUUUGUACUGUGGUGAAUGACUCUGUGAUGACGUGCUUGGCUCCGGGCAUCAUCUACACCAAACGGCAGGCUCCUGAGAGCGGAAUUCACCCGGACGAGUUUGGAUUCAUCCUGGAUCACGUUUCCGCCCUUCUCAUCCUCAAUGGAACUCCAUUCACGUACUACCCUAACCCAACCUUUGACCCGCUUGGGAAUGCAGGGAUACUGGAGGUCAAACCAGGGUCACCCAUCAUUCUAAAGGGAAAGAAUCUCAUUCCCCCCGCCCCUGGAAAUGCCCGCCUGAAUUACAGCGUCAUGAUUGGAGAAACACCCUGUCUGUUAACAGUUUCUGAAUCUCAGCUGCUCUGCGAUUCGCCAGAUCUGACCGGAGAACAGCGAGUGAUGAUUCUAGUAGGAGGUCUGGAAUAUUCUCCCGGCACACUUCACAUCUAUUCCGACAGCACUCUCACGCUGCCAGCCAUCAUCGGGAUUGGAGCGGGCGGAGGCGUUCUUCUCAUUGCCAUUAUUGCUGUGCUCAUUGCCUACAAACGCAAAACCCGGGACGCUGACCGCACGCUCAAACGCCUGCAGCUGCAAAUGGACAACCUGGAGUCCCGAGUCGCACUAGAGUGCAAAGAAGCAUUUGCCGAGCUACAAACAGACAUCCAAGAGCUAACCAACGACAUGGAUGGUGUGAAGAUCCCCUUCUUGGAAUAUCGUACCUACACCAUGAGAGUGAUGUUCCCUGGCAUCGAAGAGCACCCGGUUCUGAAGGAGCUGGAUUCUCCAGCUAAUGUGGAGAAGUCCCUGCGUUUGUUCAGUCAACUUCUACACAACAAGAUGUUUCUGCUGACCUUCAUCCAUACACUGGAAGCUCAGCGCUCUUUCUCCAUGCGGGAUCGUGGCAAUGUGGCCUCCCUCCUGAUGGCGGCACUGCAGGGACGGAUGGAGUAUGCCACCGUGGUGCUCAAACAGCUGCUCGCAGACCUGAUUGAAAAGAACCUGGAAAAUCGGAACCACCCCAAACUGCUGCUCAGACGAACUGAAUCUGUGGCUGAGAAGAUGCUCACUAACUGGUUCACCUUCCUCCUCCACCGUUUCCUUAAGGAGUGUGCUGGCGAGCCUCUCUUCAUGCUCUACUGUGCUAUAAAGCAGCAGAUGGAGAAGGGGCCCAUAGACGCCAUCACAGGAGAGGCGCGAUACUCCCUGAGCGAGGACAAGCUCAUCCGACAGCAAAUCGACUACAAGCAGCUGACAUUCAUGUGUAUUCCUCCAGAGGGAGAGGCAGGUACUGAAAUACCUGUUAAGGUGCUAAACUGUGACACGAUCACUCAGGUGAAGGACAAGCUGCUAGAUGCUGUGUACAAAGGCAUCCCGUACUCUCAGCGACCGCAGGCCGAUGACAUGGACUUGGAAUGGCGGCAGGGUCGACUAACCAGAAUUAUCCUCCAAGACGAAGACGUCACCACAAAAAUCGAGAGUGAUUGGAAGAGACUGAACACACUGGCACACUACCAGGUGACAGAUGGGUCUUUGGUGGCUUUGGUUCAGAAGCAAGUAUCAGCUUACAACAUCGCCAACUCCUUCACAUUCACCCGUUCCCUCAGUAGAUACGAGAGCCUCCUCAGGACCUCUAGUAGUCCAGACAGUCUACGUUCAAGAGCUCCCAUGAUCACCCCUGACCAGGAGACAGGCACCAAACUCUGGCACCUAGUGAAGAACCACGAGCACGCAGACCAGCGUGAGGGGGACCGUGGGAGCAAGAUGGUGUCUGAGAUUUACCUCACACGCUUGCUGGCUACCAAGGGCACACUGCAGAAGUUUGUGGAUGAUCUGUUUGAGACAGUAUUCAGCACGGCACAUCGCGGCAGUGCUCUUCCACUGGCCAUCAAAUACAUGUUUGAUUUCCUGGACGAGCAGGCGGACAAGAGACAGAUCACCGACCCAGAUGUACGGCACACCUGGAAGAGCAACUGCCUGCCUCUGCGGUUUUGGGUGAAUGUGAUAAAGAACCCUCAGUUUGUCUUUGACAUUCAUAAGAACAGUAUUACAGACGCCUGUCUGUCCGUGGUGGCUCAGACCUUCAUGGACUCGUGCUCGACAUCUGAGCAUCGUCUGGGCAAAGACUCUCCAUCCAACAAACUCCUCUACGCUAAAGACAUCCCUAACUACAAGAGCUGGGUGGAGAGAUAUUACAGAGACAUCAGUAAGAUGCCAAGUAUCAGUGAUCAGGACAUGGACGCUUAUUUGGUAGAGCAGUCUCGUCUCCAUGGCAAUGAGUUCAACACACUGAGCGCGCUCAGUGAACUGUACUUCUACAUCAACAAGUACAAGGAAGAGAUCUUGACAGCACUGGAUCGAGACGGCUACUGCCGCAAACACAAGCUACGACACAAACUGGAACAAGCCAUUAACCUGAUGUCUGGCAGCAGCUGAGGGCAGCGAAUGAUUGGUCGAAAUGGGAGGGGAGAUUGAGGGGUUGGGGGGUGGGUGGGUUGCAACGCAAUUGGAGUCCAAUGGAUGGACUGACCUGUGAUAGAACAUCCACAGCUUGUGCUAGCAGAAGGUCGAGGCUUAAAACACUGGACAAUCAACUCCUAAAGGAACCACAGCACAGCAUAUGAAGCCCAAUGUUUUUCUGGACCAGAACCUGUACACCCAAAUGCCCUCACUUCCUAAUGCCUGGACUGAAUGCCUUGGCACAGCUUGGCUCUUCUGCGCUGGCCUUUCACACACCAUUCAUUUUGACGCAACUGCCUAACAAACUUUUCAGACUACUGUGGAUCAGAUACUACAUUCCAAUGAGAAAGGUGCACAUUGUUGUUGCCUUGGAAACUGCUUAAUUGCCAAGAUGGUGCCAUGGAUAAAAAAUAACUUACUUGGGAGAGAAAAGAAGCAGCAUUUAGUAAACCUGAGAGUGACAAAUGCAAUGGACUGGAAACAAUUCUCGAUAAAUUUAUAUUGACCUCUUAAAGAUGCCUCAAGACUCCUGGAACAAUCCUGUGCUGGGGUGACAAGGUACAGAAAAUGAUAUUUAUGACAGAAUGAAUAAAAAAUGGAGACCAAAUGUUGGAGAAAACUGCAUGAUGGGUAGUAUCAGAGCUGGGCAGAAGUGGAGGAACCUUCUCCUCUUUGUCUCAAAAAUGCCAUAGACCUAUAAAAGCGGCUUUUUUAUCACUUUUUCUUUCCCUUUUCCGUGAUUUUGGGGUCAAAUGGACCACUUCAUGUCAAGAGGAAUGGAUCAGCGUCUUUUGAAGCUUGCCUUUUCGUUGCGUCCGGAUAUGACUCUCGAACCCUUGCCGAGAUGUACCCUAGGAUGUGUGUUCAUCCUUAUUGGGGAUAUUUACCCUUCUUGUACAUCCCUGCGCAAUUAGCUUUUUUGUACACCGCUGUGUUACUGUGAGGCUUGGAGUGUUUACUCAGAUUUCUGUGGUCCCUGCGUGGGCGAGGACCAAGUUUUGUCCCUUGGUCAGGCAUCUUUAAUGUAGUAGAUCCAUCUAGAGCAAUAAAUCUCAAAUUUACCUGCAAGCCAUGAGUUUUAAGUUCCUUGUGUGUCCAAAUUCACCGUCCUGAUUCUAAAUUCUCAAUGUUAGCUAGCGGAGUCAUGCAAUUUACAUUUUCCUGUUCUUCUGUCAAAACGGCAGGCAAAACAUGUUCGCGAUGCCAAGCACAAACGAAGAGGCAACUGUUCUACUCAUUCUACUGAUUGUUUUAUUGCUGUUUUAACAAGUAAAUGCAAUUUUUGAGAUAUUGUGACCCCUAGUCCCGAGCCAGAGUUAAAAAAAUCACGUCCAACACUGUUCUUUAAAAGUUUCGUAGUUAUCCCCACCUUAUUGCGAAUUGCGACAGGGUUCUAGCUUGAUUGAAUACAAUGAUUGUGUCAGUUCUGUCUGUAUACACAAACAACACUUAUUUCCUCUCUUUAUCAGAUGCAAGUUUCGUCAUCUCCGUGACGGCAGUGUCGCCCUCUGCUGCCAUGGAGGUGAACUGCAAACUACCGGUUUUAUUCCAGAUGCUCUGGUUGGAAGCUCGUAUUGUGAUAUACAUGACUUUCAAAAUAUUCUCAGAUGUUUUUACGUUCCUUGCUAUAUGAGUUCUGCCCUGACUAAUUGCGUAUUGAUUGUGUUUGAGUAAUUUAGUCUCAACAACCGAGAAUGUACAGCAUGAAUAAAUUAAGAUAUUGUGCUAAUUUCAGCCUCCAUUAUCCAUUAUACACAGAAUUUGAACAAAAAAACACCCUUACAAGAUCACAUCCAGGACUACAGGGAGAUCUAUUUGUUUUCAACAUAGUCUGAAAAAUGUAAAAAUCCUUAUUUUAGACUCUACCAAGGUCAGUCCGAGCAAAUAAACACAGCAAUCACAAAACGGAUCAUCAAACGGUAGGUAAAUCCACUGGGGCCUUAUUAGUUGUGCUUUGAGUUUGAAUGUAGAUAUUCAAUGAUCAUCAAGCUUUGGAUAGAACCCCCAAAUGUUGUGUUAUGAUAAUUAUUUUUAGUAAUCAUACCAUACUUCAUUCGUUGUUAGAUUGUGCCCUUUUUCCAUCCGAAAGUGUGUGUCAUUGGAUUGUUUGAUGUUCAUAAAUGCUGAUUGCCUUGUUCACAAACUAUGAACUUCUGCAGGUAAUUAUUUUACAGGAAUUAAACAUUUAGUGAACAUUUACUAACGGCAGACCUGGUCCUGCAAGGACACAGUCUAAAAACUCUGGAAAAAAAAGAAGAUCUGUAUAUAAUGAACUGCAAAGUUCCAUUGAAUGUAAUAAAACCUGCUUUCAAAUUUACUACAUGGAUUUGGAUGUUCUGUAGAGCUUAAAUUUGUUUUGAAAGUUGACAAGCUCUAGUACCGAACAUGAUAACGAAAAUGAGUCUUCGUCUAGAUGUAGCAUCAUCAAAAGCAAACUUUUUGUGCGUGAACGUUCUCAAGGCUGGAAUUGUUGAAUUAUGAUGGCAGGAUGUUUUUUAACUAAAUGUGGGGCUCAUUAACAUAUGAAAAAAGUUGCAGGGUGAUAAUCAAGCGGUAUCCUUUUGAACAUUCGUGUUUGUUUAUCUUUUUUCAAUGCAGGGAAUGGGGUCAGCUCGUGAAUUGGGUUCUGCCGUGGCAUUUCAACCUCUUGCAAAACGAUACGCCUCCAUCAGGAAUUAUUGCCUGUUUGACAAAGCUGCAUAGUCAGCAACGAAGGUGUGAAACCAACAUCCGUGGUCUGGACGAACCACUCUGUAAAAUUAAACGCAAUCAUAAAUCUACAAAAAUAAAUAUCAGUGGUUGAACUUUUUUAUUUAUCUUGGUUGAAACCACACCGUCAGGUUUACAUCUGAUUUUUCUAUACUGUGAGUAAAGCCAAACAUACUGUGGAGGAAGUGAACUUAGCUUGGUUGCGUACAUACUGCCUGUAAGAUAACUUAAGACUAUCGUUAAGUGCAACUGCCCACUGGGGUGUUUUUACGUAGACUGGUGAAGACAGAGCUAACGCUAAUGAUGCCUCCGGCCGAUAGCCAUAUAUCAUAAAAAUCACCUGUUUUGUUUCGUACAAGCAGAACUCAGAGUCAAAUGAGGUGCUUUGCGGUUUGUUUUUGUUUUGUGGUUAAACGGCAUACUCUUAAAAGCACCUGUAACUUGUAAGGACGAAAGCAGAGUGCGUGGGGAAAAUAACUGUGGUGUUUUUUCAGUAGAAACAGUAGAAGAAAAUGUCUGUUCUAGAUCCAUAACUACAUUUCAGUCAGUGUUCUAGUUAUAAAAGAAUAAGAAAAAAAACAAAAAACAUUUUGUCUCAGAUGAAUUAAUUCUAAUUUAUGUGUCGGUUUGUCUCUUUAUCCCAAAUGUUUUAAUCAAUUUUAUUGUAACAGAUACUUGUUUACACUUUCAGAAUUAUAUGGAGUUUAUUAACUGUGUCUGGAGAGCUUUGUGUCUGACUGGUUGAUUGGAUGACUGGUUAUUGGGCAACUGCUAUGCCUAGUCCUUAAUUCUAUAUAAAUAUAUAAAUAUAUUUUGUCUAAUUAUUGGACUGAAGUGUUCUUGUUUUUUAAUUUUGUUUAAAUUAUUGUUUAAACUUUGUUUUAAUUUGGAGGGAGUUGCAAGAAUGAGUCUAAAACGCUGGUUGCGAUGAAGUGUUUUGUAUAUAUUUGCACCUUUUUUUUUACUCAGUGCUUUUUUUUUUUUUUUUUUUUUUUUUUUGAAAGAUUAGAUUCUAACCUGUUUAAAGGACAAGCAUGGUGUUUACUUUUUUCUUUUCUUUUUUUUUUUUUUUUUUUUUUUGCUAAUUAAAAGAUAUGUGGAUGAUGCUGUAUAUUUCUUGAAUGUUUUUUUGUUAUUGUUUUUGUAUAUACUGUAUAAUCAUCUGCAAGGACUAUUUUGUCUCAAGAGCUUGAUGUUUUCAUUCAAAUAAAGACAAGUGUCUCAGUGAAACCUACAGAAAUCACACCUUGAUGCUUUUGAUUGUGUACUUCAAAUAUCUGUUGUGACUUUCCUUUCUAAACUUGCGUUGGAGUUGUCUUGGUUGCUUCUCCAUUAAUUAAAUGUGAUUAGAUCAAAGACAUUUAGCUAUCAGGCAAGAUCUUCAGCAGUUCAGACAGAGACCGUAGUUUUAAAGUAAUUACUACAUGACAAGGUAGCAGGUUAUACAAAUUCAUGCUGAAAUUUAACGUUUUCUGGCUUAGCCAGCCCUGUUUUUUUGUGAGGGACUCAUUUUUAGGAGUCACAUCAAGCUAACAACAUCAUCAUAUGUUGAUACUUCUGCCCACGAGAGAUUAAAAGACAGACUUUUAUCAGUUGCCUGUUGCAGAGUUGAACUCCGCUGCACUCUCGAUGUCUUUGAUCACUCUCAUUUAGAGAAAAUGCACGAACAAGACGGUUUAAAAGUAACAUCAAAUUAGUAUAUUUUCCUGCAGUGCACUGAUUGAUGUCUUUUACAGCGUAAUGGAUGCUCUCAGUUAAGUUAUUUCUCAGUAAUUUCAAUCAGACUUGGGGUUGACCAUUUUAGACAUGGAUUUGUCAGAACAUGUUAUUGUUUCAUGCAUGAGUUUUAUCCAAUUAUUACAUGGAAUUCUGGAAUACUUGAUUCUGUCUGGUCGAGCGGCAUUCAUUUCUGAAUAAUGACCGUAUUUCUGAAUAACACUGUAUAACUGACCAUUCAUCCGCCCAAUCGAUGCUUCCUACAUAGCCAGGGAAGUCUUGUAAGGGAGGCGUAACUGUAAUUACUUUUUGCUGUCAUUGUCAUUCAGUUCUCACCUCAGUUUACAGUGCUGUGGAAAAAGUAAGUGAACCCUUGGAUUUCAGUCAAUUGGUCCAUCCUCCUUUGGCAGAAAUAACCUCAACCAACUGUUUUCGGUAGCUGAGGAUUAGACCUGCAAAAUGUUCAGAAGGAAUUUUGGACCAUUCUUCCUUACAGAACUGCUUCAGUUCAGCCAUAUUCUUAGGAUGUCUGGUGUGAAUGGCUCUCUUGAGGUCAUUCCACAGCAUCUCUGUUGAGGUCUGGCCUCUGACUGGGCAAUUCCAAAAGGUGGAUUUUCUUUUUUUGAAGCCAUUCUGUAGUGGAUCUACUUUGAUGUUUAGGGUCAUUGUCCUGGCAUACAGCCACCUUGAUAUUAUCCUGUAGGAUAUCUUGAUAAAAUUGGGAAUUCAUCAUUCCCUCGAUGAUGGCAUGCGGUCCAGGCCCUGAAGCAGCAAAGCAGCCCCAGAUCAUGAUGCUCCCUCCAUGGUACUUCACCGCUGGGACAAUGUUUUCAUGUUGGUAUGCAGUGCCCUUUUUACACCAUACGUAGUGCUGCAUGUUUCUCCCAAACAAUUUAACUUUAGUUUCAUCAAUAAAACAUUUUCCCAGUAGCAUUGUGGAGUGUCAAGGUGUGUUUUUGCAAAUUCAGGCGCAGCAAUAUUUUUAUUGGAAAGUCUUCUUUCGUGGUGUCCUGCCAUGGAAACCAUGCCUGUUUAAUGUUUUCCAUGAAGUCAAAGUAGCUCUAACCCACAACUCCAAUCUCGUUUCAUUA